AUCCCGGACAUUUCGGCGUGCAUUCGGAUUCAAUAUGGCGGACGAACAACUGCUAUUGGACGGCAAACCGCUGAACCAACUGCGCGUUGUGGACCUCAAGGCCGCCCUCGAGUCGCGAGGACUGUCCAAAAGCGGUUCAAAGAACGAACUUGUCAAGAGGCUCAAGCAGGCGUUGAUGUUUGAGAACCUCCAGAAGAAAGCAGUUAAAGAAGAAGGUGUCCAACCAAAUUUUGCUAUUGCUGAGGAUGAGAAGACAGGAGCAAAUGAGUUUAUCCAGCAGUACAUGAGAGAACAGCAGGAGCUGCUCAGGAGACAACUCGAGGAGAAAAGAAGGCAACAACAGGACCAAGCCUCUACCACUACAGUUCCCCCUCCCCCAAGUGAGCCAGCUACAGGGAAAAAGGCAGAGAAGGCAGAGACCAAGGCAGCGGAGGAAGAGAGGACCAAACUGCCUCCACAGGUAGACGACCAGCCUCCACCUGUACUGCAGCCACAUUCAGAACAGGCCCCCCAGGCAGUACCAGUACCUGUGCCGGUGUCUUCUCCACCUCGACUGGAGCAGCAGAAGAGACAGGAGCCUGAACCUGAGGAACCGCCUGUCAAACAGCCCAGGUUGCAGAGAGCUAAGGCAGAGGCAGAGAAAGAGGAAGACAAAGAGCCAGAGCUGCCAGUACAGCCACAUCAGGAAAGAGCAGAAGUUGCUGAAGUAGACCCCCUCCCUGAAACUGUCUUCCAACAGCAGGAGACAGUCACUAAGGAGACCCCCCCAGAACCAGUAGCUGAGCCCCCUCAGCCGUCACCAGACCCCCCCUCGGGACCCCAGGAGCUGGUGGUCGAUCCUCCGCAACAAGAAGAGCCUACCCCCCCUGAGGUGGUUGAAGUUGACCCCCCAGAAGACACUGUGGUGCCACCUCCAGAAGUCAUUGAGGUUGACCCUCCAGAGGAGGUCAGAGUUGUCCCUCCAGAAGAGGUUGAGGUUGACCUUCCAGAAGAGAUCGCAGCUGACCCUCCAAGAGAGGUCGAAGUUGACCCUCCAGAAGAGGUCAGAGUUGACCCUCCAGAAGAGGUCAAAGUUGACAUCCCACAGGAGACAUCAGCUGACCCCCCAGAAGAGCCUCCAGAGCUGAGCUACAGUCCUGAAGAGGCCACAGCAGAAGAGGCUGAACCUGACCAACCAGAAGACACAGAAGCUAAAGUGGUUAUCUUUAGCCAAUCAGAGCUACAACAAGAGGAGGAAGAGCCUGUUGAACAGCGGGAGCAGCCUCCAGGGGAGAAAGGGGUAGAAGAGGAAAAAGAGUCGGCUGAUCCGAUGAUUGAGGACCCUCCCUCUGGCAAAGAGUCUGAGAGAGAGGAAGAGACCAAAGUACAGGCUGAACCAGAAGAUACCCCACAGAAGUCUGCAGACAUGAAGGACACUGUGACCACAAGUGAUGACCCUCUGCCGCCACGUAAGGCUAAGAAGGUGGCUCUGGAGAAGAACAGUCGGCGCAGGAAGGACAGUUCCAGCAGUCAGUCCAGUUCUUCAAGCUCCCAGUCCAGAUCUCGAUCCAGAUCUAACUCCAGCUCCAGCAGUAGUUCGUCUGAGGAGGAGGACAGACGACCCCCCAGGAAGUCUGCUGUUUCAGCCAUCUCCAAGAAGCCUGUCCAGAAGACUGUUGAGAAGGUCCAGGAGAGCCCCAAGAGUGACCGUGAGGACGGGAAGGAUGAGAGCUACCACACCGCUCCAGAGAUCUCCUUCACAGAGGAGAAGAUGGAUGCACAACCAGAGGAAACCAAGGUGGAACCCAAAAAGCCUGCGGAUGCCGAGGUUGCCAUGGAAACAGAAGAAGCCCCGCCCGAGAUGCCAGGAAACAAAGAGGAAGGAGACAAGGAAAAAGGUGGAGGUGACGUCAGUGUGGAGAAAGCUGAGAUUCAGCCUGUGGUGUUCAAGAGCAGGAAGAUCUCCAUUGCCUCACGGAAGCACUCCACAGAGGGCGCUGCUGAUCAACAGCCGGCCCAGCCGGGAGGGCGGAAGCGUCGCUGGGGCUCCAGCAGCUCAUCCGGUACUGUGAAGAGAACCAUCAACAUCAGCUCACAGUCACUCAAGGAGGUCCUGCCUGAGAUCAAGCCGUCCGUCCUGAAGGAGGCAGUCGUUGACCUGGGGACAGAUGAAGGACCCAUCAGUGACGAGGAGCCUCCUCUCAAGAUGGAGCCUGAGGAGAUCCAGGGAGACAAGAGGGAGAUCAAGAUCCGCAGGACUGUCACACAGGAGGAACCCAUGCAGGACAAGAGAGAGAUCAAGAUAUGCCGAACAGUCACCCAGGUGGUGCAGGCCCCCCCUCCGGAGGAGAAGGAGAACGGUGAGGGGGAGGCGGAGCCUGAGGUUGCCAUGGAAACAGAUCAGAGCCAACAGGAGGAGAGGAAAGGUAGGGAGACUUUAGUGGGGAAUAUCUUUUUUGUCCCAAGUGAAGAGGUAGUCCGUAAGGCUGUGUCCCGCCAGUCCUCGCUGGUGGUUGAUGAUCCGGUGGAGCCAACACGUUCCCCGUCCCCCGCGCGCCGUCCCGUCAGCCAGAUCGUACACAUCCUGCACCUGGUGCGACCGUUCACCCUGGGUCAGCUGAAGGAACUGCUGGGACGGACAGGAACCAUCGUGGAGGACAAGGGCUUCUGGAUCGACAAGAUCAAAUCACACUGCUUCGUCAAGUAUGAGUCAGAAGAAGAGGCAGUGAAGACCCGUCAGGCCCUACACGGGGUGCGCUGGCCAUCCUCCAACCCUAAAACUCUACUGGUGGACUUUGCAGACCAGGAUGAGCUGGACAUUCAUCUGGGCGUGGUGCAGGAGAAGCGAGAGGUGUUGAAACCCGAGCCUACCUGGGACGAGCGCCGUCGGGACAGACGCGUGUCUGAACGAGAGAAGGACAUCAGGGAGGAACGGGCGGAACACGAGAGGGAGAGAGAACACAGAGCCAGAGAGAGGGAGUGGGAUAGAGGGAAGGAGAGAGACCGAGAGGCCUCCAGGGAGAGGGAGCGAGAGAGAGAACGGGAGAGAGAACGGGAGAGGAAGAGGAGGGACAGAGAGAAGAGGGAAGGUCCAGAGAAGAAGAAAGAGAAAGAACCAGACGAGGCGCCUGCCAAGCUGCUGGAUGACCUGUUCAGGAAGACCAAGGCUGUUCCCUGUAUUUAUUGGUUACCGCUCACUGAUGAGCAGGUACUCGAACGCAUUGCUUCUAAGGCUAAAGAAGAGGAGGACAGGGAAAGAGCUCGCGAGGAACGUCGGGAGAAGCUACGCAAGGAGCGAGAAGAACGGGAAGAGCAGGAACGCAAGGAGCGCGAGAAGCGGCGAGAGGAACGCCGCAAGCGUGAGGAGGAACGGAGCCGGGAACGUGAACGGGAGAGGAAGCGGAGUCGUAGCAGAAGCGGUAGCCGCAGUCGCAGUAGAAGUAGGUCUCGGAGGAAGCAUUAGGGUUUUCCAGAUGUAAGUUUGUGUGA